GUUUACGUCAGUUGUCUUCUCCCAGCAACAAAACUGUUGUGUUAGCUUUUAUUUUGCUGAGCUCGGAGCCCAAUUUCUGACAGAUUUCUCCUCACACGAGAAAAAUGGCUGAAGUAGAGGAAACUCUGAAGAGAAUCCAGGGCCAGAAGGGAGUGCAGGGGAUCAUCAUCGUCAAUUCAGAAGGAAUCCCCGUCAAGACGACCCUGGACAACGCCAGCACGGUGCAGUACGCAGGACUGAUCCACCAGCUGGUGAUGAAGGCCAGGAGCACCGUCCGGGACAUCGACCCCCAGAACGACCUCACCUUUCUCCGUGUGCGCUCCAAGAAGAAUGAGAUCAUGAUCGCUCCAGAUAAGGACUAUUUCUUGAUUGUCAUUCAGAAUCCAUCAGACUGAAAAAGAAGGAACUCCUGCCCGACUCAUCACUCUCUCUGUCUCUCUUUCAUAUUUAAACAGCCAAACAUUUCUUUGUGUCACGAAAUCAAAAGAACCUGUUCACCAGAAGCUUUUUAUGCACUUGCUAUAUCAGGAAGUCAUGGCAGGACACUUCACCGUGUGGCGGUCAAUCUCUCUGCAGGCAAAUUUCUUUUUCCAUGUUUUAGCAUUCCAGUUCUGCCUCCUCUCUAUGAUUGCUGUAUGUUAUGUCACUGUGUUUAUUUCAGAGGUAUCUUAGCACAUGGUGAGAAGUGCACACCUGCUAAAAUACCUCUGGCAGAAGCAGGAAACAUAAAACUGGACCAGUGCAUACAUGUCUGCAAAGGGCACAGCACACAACAGAGAGAGAGACCACAACACAUCUUUUAGUUUGAGGAUGUUUUUUCAGUUCUAUCUUGGUGGAAAAUGUGGGAUUGUUAUUUAUUUUGUUGGCAAAAGAUGUAGAAGUACAGUAUUUCAGUGGGGAGCAGUGAGCUACACGACAAACACUGUUGCCAUGUCAAGUCUCUGAUGGUUAUUUCUAACAAAUUAAGAAAUUAAAAAAGUCAAAGUGG